AUGUCAGGCGAGCUCAAUACCGAAAACUGCACCUCGAUAUCUCCUGAGUGUCCGGUAGAGGAAACAAUAUACGGAUACUAUCCCUCCCUCUCUGCCAACGCCUGGGGUGCCGGAUUUUUCGGUCUCUGCUUCUUCGUCAAUGCCUACCUUGGCUGGAGAUACAGAUUAUGGACUUACAUGCUAGCCAUGUGCCUGGCAACCGCGACCUCAUCCGCAGGCUAUGGCGGCCGUAUCAUCAUGCAUGACAACCCAUGGGACGAACCCGGCUUCAUGUUACAGAUCAUCACGCUUACCUUCUCACCCGCCUUUAAUUCUGCUGCGAUUUACCUGACCCUCAAGCACGUGGCGCUCCGCUUUGGGUCCUUUGCCUCGCGCAUCCCUCCCCGCUUCUACCCCUGGGGCUUCAUUUCUGCCGACUUUGUCGCCCUUCUCCUGCAGUCCGCUGGUGGAGGCAUUGCGGCCAGCGCAGACGACGAUCUGGACUUGCAGGAGGUGGGUGACGGCUUGAUGAUCGCCGGUGUGGUCUUCCAGGUUGUCACAUUAGCUGUCUUCGGCGCGAUGAUUAUCGACUACACCUACCGCCGCUACAAAUCCCCCGAACCCCUCUCGCGCAAGGCGACCGAGACGUGGACAGACACCAAGUUCCGCAUCUUCGCCGCCUCGCUCAUCACGCUCUACACGGCAAUUCUCAUCCGCUGCGUCUACCGCAUCGCCGAACUUGCUGGAGGUUGGGAAUCCUCCAUAAUGCAAAACGAAGCCCUCUUCAUCGGCCUCGACACCGUCAUGAUGACCAUCUGCACUGGUCUGCAGACCUUUGUGCAUCCCGGCAUCUUUUUCUCCGCCAUGACCGAGCGUGAAGAAGACCUCAGCCACGGUGCCGGUGGCUUCAAGGGCGGCGAGAUGAGUAUGAGCGACAGUGAUCGCGACCGUGAUUCUGACUCUUCUUCGCCGGAUGGGCAGCGGCGUGGUGGGGUGGUGUGA